GUUGAAAAAUUUAUUAAAUCAAAUUGAAAAUUUUUAUUCAAAUAUAAUGCAAUGCAACUAUAAUAAUAAUAAUAAUAAUGAUUAUAAUGGAUGAUGAUUCAAUGAUUGAAUGUCAUCAACGAGGACGAAGAAGACGACGACGACAACAACAAGAACAACAAUCAUUCUUGGUACCAAACACCUUCAUGGAAAUGUACAAAUAUUCAACAUCGAUUCAUGGUCAAUGCUACCGAAAAUUACAUCACAUACUUAUAUUGUUAUUUUUCCUCACUGAAGGAAUUAGAUCACAACAAUAUACUCCUAUCGAAACAACAAAUUCACAACAACCAUCGGUAUCAUCAUCACAAUACCCUUCGGAUAUAAACAUCCUGACCAAUAACAAUCCAAACAUCAACGAUAUUAACAGUGAUCUCAUUUUAACCGAACCAUCUUAUUUUAUUGUAGCAUCUCGUAUUGUACGUCCCGGACAAGUAUAUCGAGUAUUAGUGACCAUUUAUCGUAGUACUGCAACAAUCAAUGUACGAGCUUCAUUAAAACGCAAUGGUAUUGAAUUAUCAUCAGCUUUGCAAUUAUGUAAAGAAAGUAUACCGGAAACAUUGCUAUUACGUAUGCCAACAAAUUCUUUACCCGGUACAUAUAAACUAUGGAUUGAAGGCAAUGUUAAUGAAUAUUUUGGUGGCAAUGUAUUCCAUAAUGAAACAAAACUGCAAUUUGAACAACGUUUUAUGACCAUAUUUAUAACAACAGACAAACCAGUCUAUAUGCAAGGACAGACAGUACGAUUCCGUGCAAUGCCCGUAACAACGGAUCUAAAAUCAUUUUCCGAUGCAAUCGAUAUUUAUAUGCUUGAUCCUCGAGGCACGAUCAUGCGACGUUGGCUUUCUAGGCAAACAAAUCUUGGUGCUGUCAGUCUUGAAUAUCCACUAUCACAACAGCCGGUCUAUGGAAAAAAUUGGACGAUUAAAGUUGUCGCUCAAGGACAGGUGGAAACAAAACAUUUUGCUGUCGAAGAAUUCUAUCAAACUCGUUUCGAAGUAAAUGUUUCCAUGUCUGCUUUCUUUCAGGAUACUGACGCCUACAUCCGUGGUUCAGUAAUGGCCAAUUUUACUAGCGGUGUACCAGUUAUCGGUAAUUUGACCAUUGUAUAUACAUUGCAAUUAGCAUCUACUUCCUUUUCUUCAUUGUCUCCAUCAACUACAUAUAAUAAUAAUCGAGCCAAUAUAAAUUAUUUUGAUCGACCUGCUAUUGAAACAACCGAGCGAUAUUUUGAUGGAUAUUAUGAAUUUCGUUUGCCAAUGUCAGAAAUUGUCACUCAGUUAUCAAAAGGUGCACCCGUUGAUGGCGCUAUGCUUACUGUUACUGCCUAUGUCGGUGAACGCUUCCUUAAUCUUAUUCAUUCUGGUUAUGCAAAAGCCUAUAUAUUUAAUUCGAAAAUUCGUCUGAAAUUUUUGGGACCAAGUCCACAAACUUUUAAACCUCCAAUGCCUUUUAAAACAUAUGCCGUAUUAUCGCAUUCUGAUGGUUCACCCAUACAUCGCGAUUAUCUUUAUACUGAUCGAAUUGAAGUACAUACACGUGUACAUUCAAGAGGCGGAAUACUAGGAUCUUUCAAAGAAGAAGUUCCUAUGUCAAAAAAUGAAUACGGUUUAUGGGAAAUAAAAGUCAAUUUGCGAAAUCUUCUAAACAAUGAUAUGACGGCCAUUAAUAAUGUCGAUUCAUUAUCGUUACAAGCAUUUUUCAAAGAUGUUUAUGGUUCAACAGUUAAAUCAUCUGAAUUGCGUGUAUAUGCUAAUUAUGCUCCAAAUAAUCGAUUAAUUCAGAUAUCAACAAGCACAAUAAAACCUAGUGUGGGCCAAUAUAUAAUUUUUCAUGUUCGAACAAAUUACUAUGUGAACCUGUUCAAUUAUUUAGUCAUUUCAAAAGGAAUCAUUCUAGUUGCUGGUCGUGAAGAGAUGAACUCAAUGCUAAAAACAUUUACCUUUACUGUUUCAUCGGAAAUGGCUCCAAGUGCUACAAUUGUUGUAUAUGAUGUUGCACCCGGCGGUGAAGUUAUUGCUGAUUCAUUGACAUUUCCUGUUGAUGGCAUUUCUCGAAACAACUUUACUGUUGUAUUGAAUAAUCGAAAAGACAAAACUGGUGAUACGAUUGAGGUGGUGGUUUUUGCACAACCUGGCUCAUAUAUUGGUCUAUCGGCGUUGGAUAAAGAUCUUUUUGGUAUCGAUGCCGACAAUCAACUUAGUUAUGCACACGUUCAACAAAAAAUGAUCAGCUUUGAUGAUAUUUUACCAUUGAAUAAUGCAUCUCUUAGCUUUAGCUGGUAUUCACGUUAUGGAAUUCUCGAUCGAUUUUUCUAUUUUCCAUCACCCACACUUGGUAUCGAUACUAAUCGAACAUUUGAGCAUGCAGGUCUUGUUGUGUUUACCGAUGCUAAUCUAGUUCUUCGACCAGAAACAUGUAAUCGAACUCGUGGAUUGCUAAGCUGUAUGGAUGGUGGAUGUUAUCAUUUUUCUAAAAAAUGCGAUGGUCGUUCUGAUUGUCGUGAUGGUAGUGACGAAGGCCUCUGUCAUGAUAACGAUCAAUAUAACUUUGCUCAUUUCCGUAUGACGAGAACAAAUCGUUUACAACGAUUAUAUGACAAUAGCUGGUUAUGGAAAGAUGUUUUUAUUGGUCCACUUGGCUAUCAUAUAUUCAAAGUUCCUGUACCAAACGCUCCGGUCAAUUGGAUCAUAUCAGCUUUCGGAAUGAGCAAAUCCCAUGGAUUUGGUAUUCAACGUUCCAAACUAAAGUAUUCAAGUGUUCGUCCAUUUUACAUGAAUGUCGAAAUGCCUUCGACUUGUUUACUUGGAGAACAAAUUGGGAUUCGUAUCAGCAUUUUCAAUUAUCUUCCUUAUGAAAUUGAAGUAGUUGUUAUUCUAGCUCGAUCUCCCGAUUACAAAUUCGUUCACGUCGAAUCGCUUGGUAGAGUUCAAUCAUAUAAUCCACGCACUUCGUUUGGACAACACCAACAUUUGAUCAUGAUUUAUCCUAGUCGAACCAAAGUUGUUUACAUGCCUAUUGUCGCCACAAGAAUCGGAGAUAUCAAUGUUACUGUCAUGGCCAAAACUCAAGUAGCCAAAGAUAUUGUUACUAAAACAAUUCAUGUUGAACCUGAUGGGAUACCACAAAUGAUACAUACAUCAGUCGUUCUUGAUUUAUCACAAGGUGCCUACUUGAUUAAAUAUCUCGAAACGAAUGUCACGGAAAGUCCAAUUAUCCCUUAUCGAAAAGAACGACGUUAUGUUUUUGGUUCGAAUCGUGCAAAAGUCACCGUUGUAGGUGAUGUCAUUGGUCCUUCUUUUCCAACGAUUCCUAUGAAUGCUACCUCUAUGUUACGAAAACCAUUCGACGCAUCAGAACCUUCAAUGUUUAGCUUUGCUGUUAACGUAUACACAUUGCUUUAUCUUCGUUACACCGGCCAAAGGAAGCCAGACAUUGAGAAAGAAGUUUUUCGAUAUUUGAAUAUUGAUUAUCAACGUCAAUUAAGUUACCAGAAUUCCGAUGGCUCAUUUCGAGCUUUUAGAUGGCAUCAAACACCGUCAGUGUGGAUGACUGCAUUCUCUGCUCGGAUUUUACAUCUUUCAACGUUUCAAGAAUGGGAAAAUUUUCUUUAUAUCGAUCCAAAAGUCAUACAGAAUGCUAUCGUUUGGUUGUUAAAACAACAACAAGUUGAUGGAUCAUUUGUUGAAUAUCCAAUGCAAAGUCCGUUAAAUCGUCGGACCAAUAUGACUUCAAGCAUAUCGUUGACAGCUCAUGUUUUAAUCACGUUGGCCGAAGUUCGUGAUUUAAGUGGUGAAGUUGAUUCAAAAGCUACAAGUGCACGAACUUCAGCACAACGAUUUCUUGAAAGAGCUUUACACAUGGUAAAAGAUUAUGAAGAUCCGUAUGAACUUGCCGUUGUAACCUAUGCCUUAACAUUGGUCGAAUCAGUCGAAGCUGUUGAAGGGUUUAAUCAUCUUUACUUACGAAUGCGUGAAGUUAGCGGCAUGCGUUAUUGGGGCAAAGAACCUGUAGCUCCUAUUCGUACACAGGUCGAAAGUAAUCGACCAUUUAUACUACCUCGUCUUCCCAAUCGAUAUGAUUCCUCAAAUGUCGCUACAACUGCUUAUGGAUUAUUAAUCCAUAUCAAGCGGCAAGCUUUCAUACAGAAAGAGAUUGUUGAAUGGCUCAAUUUCCAACGUUUAUAUGAUUCAGGAUGGUCCACAACCGAAGACACAAUUGUCGCACUUCAAGCAUUGAUCGAUUAUUCAAACAAAGAUCGUUUACGUGAUGUUACCGAUAUAACUAUAACUAUCGAAGCUCCAACAUCUCAUAAUUUUUCGUCAAUGAUUCAUAUAAGCGAAGAUAAUAUUUCAAGAAUGCAAUCGAUUGACAUACCGAAUGCAUUCGGUGCCGUCACAAUCAAAGCUCAAGGAUCUGGUGUAGCUAUCGUACAAUUGAACGUAGAAUAUUGUGUGGAUUGGCCACAAUUCCAAAUUCAACCACCGAUACGAUCAUUUGAUCUAGAUGUAUCAGCUACAUUCACUGGCCGUAAUAGUUCACAUAUUACAUUCAAAUCUUGUCAACGAUGGAUACUUACACAAGAAAGUCUAACAUCUGGAAUGGCCGUUUUAGAAGUAACCGUACCUACCGGCUAUUUUAUACAACAGCAAGAUCUGGAUCGAAUGGUUCGUGCUAAUAUUCAGAACAAGUUGAAAGAAGCCCGAUAUUUUGAACGAAAAGUUGUCUUUUAUUUUAAUUCUCUUGAUACAAGUUUUACCUGCGUUUCAUUCACCGUACAACGAUGGUAUCCAGUUGCAAAUCUUACACGUUACAUUCCGAUUCGUGUAUAUGAUUAUUAUGCUCCAGAACGUUUCAACGAAACAAUGUUCAGUACACAGAAUCUAUAUUAUUUGAGUGUCUGUCAUGUCUGUGGUUCUUAUCAAUGUCCAUAUUGUCCGAUAUUUAGCUCUUCACCCUAUCGUUCAUUACCGAAUCAAAUUAUAUUAUUCAUAUCUAUAAUGAUGGCAAUAAUCACAAUGUUUUAUUCAUCAUCAUUAGACAUUGUCAUUAUUCGAAGUAAAACUUCACCAUUAUAAUGAAAAUAAUUUCGUUAUAUAAAUUGAAUUAUUGCUUAUAAUUGUCUGUAUCUCAUUGUUACUAUUGUUGAAUGUAUGUUAUGUACGUGUGUAUUACGUCAAACAUUAGUCAAUCAUAAUAUUUAUUCAUUCAUUCAAUUUGUUUAUUUAACUGACCAUUUUGCCAUUUUGAAAAUUUCACAAAUCGGCUUUAUAACUAAAAAGCAUUUUCAUCUGAUUUUUUUUUUGUAAUUUGAUUUUUAUUCAUGAUAAUGAAAAUG